UUUAAGAUGGCGGCCAGUGGACCUCAGUUAGCUAAACAAUAUCUUUUGGAUAAAAAGAGAAAACAAGAUGCGAGCCAACAGAAAUGCCAAAAAUGCCUUCAGAUAGGACACUGGACAUAUGARUGUAACAAUAAAAGGAAGUAUGUACACAGACAAUCGAGGACAGCCAUUAUGAACAAGAAAAGAAAAGCACUUAUGUCUGCUGCAGAAGGUGGAAAAGCUCCUGAAAAUGCACUUACCACUGCAAGUUAUGAAAGAGAUGAAAGUGAUAAAGCUGAAGAUAGCUCRUCAUCAUCAUCAUCAUCAGAAGAAGAAGACAGCAGUAGCGAGAGCUCAAGUAGCUCAAGUGAAAGUUCAAGUAGUGAUAGUGAUUCAUCAUCUAGCUCCUCCUCAUCCUCUUCAAGUUCAGAAUCUGAUCAUAAAAGAUCAAAGCACAAACGCAAAAGAAGAACCAAAAAGUCUAAAAGAUAGUAUAAUGUUUUCUGUUAGUAUAGUUGUAUUUAUAUCUUCUUUGUCAUUGUUAUUAACAAAAUCGGAAUUACUAGACAGGUGUAAUAGAUUGUCGUGGACAUUAACAUCCAGUUCCAAUCCUUUCAGAAUGAGAUCUAUUCAAAUACUAUUAGUAUUAACCAGAAUAUGACAAACAAUUACACUUAAUUUCCCUGGCAACCAGUAUUUGUAAUAAUACUAAUGUUUUGAAGGACAUUAUAACAAUUCAAAUUUUAAGUUUUUAAUGUUAAGUGCCAAUUAUUUACCACCAUUUUCCCCCUCGUUUUUUUAUCUUACAGUGGAAUAUUAUCAAAUUAUCAUAGACAAUGGUUGAUGGCAUAUAUUCAAUUCUACUCAGCUAUAUAUUGUAUUUUUAUUCAAAUUAAUAUUUAAUCUCUAAAAAUAAUAUAGUGGAAAACAUUUGCAAAAACCAACCUGUAUGUAAAUGGCUGGUAAAAAAAAGACACUUAAUAGAAUUCAAAGCUUUGACUUUCACUUUCCAAUCACAUGCUCAAACCAUAGAGCUACAGGGGGACCCAUGAUUCAUAUGGGUGUACAUUAUGUCAGAGCCUAUUAGAACAUCUGACUGGUAUUUGGACAACCUCGUCCGUCCCCAGGGCCAUCUCGGCCCUUUUCAAGAUGGCGGUCGUCUGGGAGAUGAGUAGCCCUUUUCAAGAUGGUGGUUGUCGGGGAGAUGAGUAUCUCUACGACGACCGGCAUCUUGAAAAGGAGUCGGCCRAGAUGGCCCUGGGGACGAGGUUGGUAUUUGGAGGGUCAUGGGUUUGAAUCGUGUCUGGGGACUUGAUCGUUUUGAAGCAUGCCUGUAUUGCUUGCUCAUCUCAUUUGUUUGGCUAAACAUAAAUCUCCAUAUGUACUGAAAAUACUCUCCUAGUUUGCAAGUAUUUGUACCUCAUUAAGUAGUUUUAUCUGCUGUUUAUAACUUUAUUUACUCCUCAGGGUUUUGGACAAGAGGCCAAAACCAAAGGACCUUUGAAUUUGAUCAACUAGGCAUUUUGUGUGGUUAUAGAAUUAUUUGCAUUGAAACCGCAUAUCGCGAAAAUCGCAUUGCAUUUCUGGGUAGAGUUAUCAGAAGACAAAGGCACAUUUUAGAUUUUCAAGUUAAAACAAUUUAUUUGGUUAAAGUAGUUCAAUAAUGAUAUUAUGAAAUACCUAUAUAACAUUCUAAGCCAAUCAAAAUGUAGGAAUUCAUUAAACUGCAUUCUACAAAA